AUGUCAUUCUCUCGUGGGCCAGGUCUAAUUACUGAGAAACUUGAGCUUGUUGAUGGCAAGGUGGACUGGAAGGGGAAAACAGCUGUGAAGUAUAAGCAUGGAGGAAUGAGAGCUGCUUUGUUCAUUUUAGCGAUGUUUGCAUUUGACAGCUUGGCAAACCUUCAUCUGGCCGUAAACCUGGUGACUUACUUCAAUGGGAUUUUGCACUUCGAAGUAGCUGAUGCAGCCAAUGCUCUAACCAACUUCAUGGGGACCGGUUAUAUCCUUUCUAUUCUGUUUGGCGUCCUCGCAGACAGUUGUAUUGGCAGAUUUAGAACCGUCCUCAUAUCAGGAUCCAUUGAAUUCUUGGGACUAGCAUUGCUCUCAGUGCAAGCUCACUAUCCAAGCCUCAAGCCACCUACUUGUAAUGUCUUUGUUCCAACAUCUCCCUGUGAGAAACUAAAAAGUGGUGAUGCUGCAUUCCUCUACUUUGCUCUAUACUUGGUUGCUGCCGGAACAGGAGGGAUUAAAGCUUCGGUGCCAUCACAUGGAGCUGAUCAAUUCGACGAGAAAGACCCCCGAGAGGCUAAGCACAUGUCCAGUUUCUUCAACUUUUUAUUGUUAGCAUUGUGCCUUGGUGGUGCAGUUAGUUUAACGCUCAUUGUCUGGAUUGAUGAUCACAAAGGAUGGGAUUUGGGAUUCGGGCUCUCUGCCAUCACCUUGUUCUUGGGUAUCAUCAUUGCCGUAGCAGGAUGGCCAUUGUAUAGGAUACAUGUUGCUCAAGGAACUAGUGUCAUUGUGCAAAUCAUUCAGUUAAUUCACUUCGUUUUGGUUUUGUUGAAGGUUUUUGUUGCAGCCAUUCGUAACAGAAAUCUUCAACUGCCUGAGAACCCUCGAGAGCUCUAUGAGAUUGACAAGGACAAUGAAGCUGCCUUGGAAGAUGAUUUCCUGCCUCACAGAGACGUUUACAGGUUCCUGGACAAAGCAGCCAUUCAAACUGCAUCUACACGGCAGACUCCAAAUCCAUGGAAACUCUGCACGGUAACUCAAGUAGAAACUGCAAAAUUCAUACUUGGAAUGAUCCCAAUUUUUGCUUGUACCAUAAUCAUGACCCUUUGCCUAGCUCAACUCCAAACUUUUUCCGUCCAACAAGGCCUUACCAUGGACACAACCGUCGUUGGCUCUUUCCACAUACCACCUGCAUCUCUACCAAUAAUUCCCCUUGGUUUCUUGAUCGUCAUAAUUCCCUUUUAUGACCAAAUUGUUGUUCCGCUUCUUCGGAAGUUCACAGGGCAUUCCACAGGGAUCACUCACCUUCAACGUAUAGGCGUUGGACUCAUUCUCUCUUCCAUAUCAAUGGCUUCGGCUGCAAUAAUGGAAGUGAAACGCAAAGCGGUGGCACGAGACCACAAUAUGGUAGAUGCUACACCAGUGCUCGAACCAUUGCCUAUUAGCGUAUUCUGGCUCUCAUUCCAGUACUUCAUAUUUGGAAUUGCCGACUUGUUCACCUAUGUGGGUCUUCUUGAAUUUUUCUAUUCCGAGGCUCCCAGAGGAGUAAAAACGGUCUCUACUUGCUUUUUGUGGACUUCCAUGGCGCUUGGGUACUAUCUCAGUUCCAUUCUGGUUAAGAUAGUCAAUAGCACAACAAAAGAUAUAACAAAAAGUAGAGGCUGGUUAGCAGGAAACAAUAUUAACAGGAAUCAUCUGAAUCUCUUCUACCUGUUGCUUUCUUUAUUGAGUUUGGCCAAUUUCAUUGUCUAUUUGCUUGUUUCAAGAUGUUAUACGUACAAGUCUGAGAGCCCUGUGGUUUCUCCUGUCGAUAACAAAGCUGGAGACGAGACAGAAGGAAACUAAGUAGAGUAUCAUGAGAAGAAUCCAACUGAUCUACGAAUGGACAUUUCUUUUCUAGAUUUGUUCUUACUUUCUUUUGAUGUUUAU